AGUGAUAAGGAGUCUUCAUGGCUAGUGCCUACUAUACACCAGAACAGCGGGCCAGGAUUCCUGCUUCCAACAAAGCGAGGAACAAUGUCAAGCAGAGACAGGCAGCAGUGGCGGUGGAACUGCACUGUUAUGGCAUAUGAAAAUGCUUCUCCCAUACACCACAAGACCAAACGCCAUCUUAAGACAGAAAUGGGCGAUGCCGAGAACGAGCGAGGCAGCAAGAGGCUGUGGCUUCAAAGACGUAUUACUGUGAUGUCUGUAAUGUGUCGUGUCGUGACGCAGCUUCGCUUAGGAGACAUAACAAAACCAAACGGCACAAGAAGAAGGUCGAAAUGGGCAAUGACGACUACUAUUGUGCACCUUGUGCCAUCUCUUUUCGUUAUCUCUCAAACUUCAAACAGCACAAAAAGCCAAAAGCGCAUAUUCAAAGAACGACAUGCUAACUUUGACCCAAAGAUCUCACCACUGACACUCAUGCUCUCCGCCGUCUCCGCACUGCUGUGGGCACGCCAAGUGGACUCUCUCUUCUGCUGCUCAGACUGCAGUACCAUUGUACCAACCAAGUGAUACAAGGGUACAUCAUCUACCACUGUAGGUAGGAAGUUAGAGAGAUCAUCGAGGAUAUUAUCAUACGACCAUACAUGGUCGCUCUACCAUAACACAGACCUCGGCCUCUUGCUCCAACUUUGUUUCAGCGCACUGGCCGUGCAAUCUACGGCCGAUGAUGAUCUGUCUUCGUCAAAUAUAUCCUGCAUCAGGUCACUUUCGCCAUGAUUGGGGUGGGGGGAGGGGGAAGAGUCCGCGUGUGUAGGUUUCGCUCGCGGCUUUCCUUCUUCUGGCUUCAGCUCAUGAUGGUGUUCGUGAU